CUCGAGGAUUGGGUUCAGAUUCUUUGAUUUACAAGCUAAAAUUUAUAGUAUAACUUCCAUAUAAUGGAUGAAAAUAAGGAAGAUGAAAUUAUGGAGGACAUUUCAAAGCCAAUAAAAACCGUCAAGGAUAAAUGGAAACUCCUCCCAGCUUUCCUCAAGGUUAAAGGUCUGGUCAAGCAGCACAUCGAUUCAUUCAACUAUUUCAUUAAUCUUGAGAUCAAGAAAAUAGUCCAAGCCAAUGAAAAGAUCACAUCUGAUGCUGACUCUGUUUGGUAUUUAAAAUUUCUCAACAUUUAUGUUGGAACACCAGAUGUAGAAGAGUCAUUUAACAUAACAAAACCUAUAUCACCACAUGAGUGCCGCUUAAGAGAUAUGACAUACUCUGCACCGAUAACAGUUGAUAUUGAGUACACUAGAGGUCAACAGAGAGUUGUCCGAAAUGGUCUUCCUAUAGGCAGAAUGCCAAUUAUGUUGAGAAGUUCUAACUGUGUAUUAACUGGUAAAAGUCCUGCAGAGCUGGCAUCGCUGAAUGAAUGUCCAAUUGAUCCAGGUGGUUAUUUCAUUGUAAAUGGUACAGAGAAAGUAAUACUUAUCCAAGAACAGCUAUCAAAAAACAGAAUGAUUGUAGAUACUGACAGAAAAGGCAAUGUUUGCUGCUCAGUUACAAGUUCAACAGCUGAACGAAAGACAAAGACUGACAUUAUUACGAAAGGUGGAAAGUUUUAUCUUAAACACAACACAUUAACAGAGGACCUUCCCGUUGUAGUAAUAUUCAAAGCUAUGGGUCUAGAGAAUGAACAGGAAAUUGUACAAAUGGUUGGCUGUGAAGARGACGUUGUKGCAUAUUUUACACCAUCGYURGAGGAAUGYCACAARCUCAAUAUAUACACCCAGCUACAGGCUCUCAAGCACAUGGGAAGCAAGGUUCGUGUAAGGGCAACUUGGGGGAAAUCCAGAAGUAAAGUAGAYGAGGCUCGUGAAAUUCUUGCCCAUGUGUUCUUUGCACAUAUUCSUGUCAUCAAGUACAAUUUCAGGACAAAGUGUGUUUACAUGGCCCUAAUGAUCAGAAGAGUAAUUCUGGCUUCAGCCAAUGAAGCCCAUGUUGACGAUCGGGAUUAUUAUGGAAACAAGCGUUUAGAACUUGCUGGUCAGCUCUUGUCACUUCUUUUUGAAGAUCUUUUUAAGCGAUUCUGUCAUGAGCUCAAAAAGAUUGCUGAUCAAACAAUUCCUCGUCCUCGUGCAGCCCAGUUUGACAUUGUAAAGCAUAUGAGGCAGGAUUUGAUUACAAAUGGACUUUGCCAUGCCAUUUCAUCGGGCAACUGGGUCAUCAAAAGAUUCAACAUGAACAGAGCUGGAGUAACACAGGUUCUUUCGCGACUCUCUUUUAUUUCUGCACUUGGCAUGAUGACAAGAAUUACAAGUCAGUUUGAGAAAACUCGUAAAGUAAGUGGACCAAGAUCUCUUCAGCCCUCCCAGUGGGGAAUGUUGUGUCCUUCUGACACCCCUGAAGGAGAGGCUUGUGGUCUUGUCAAGAAUCUGGCUUUGAUGACACACAUCACUACAGACCAGGAAGAAGAACCUAUCAUCAGACUGGCUUACAAUCUCGGAGUAGAGGAUGUCAAUCUGUUGUCAGGAGAGGAAACAAGCCGCCCAUCAGUUUAUCUUGUAUUUCUUAAUGGUUUAUUCCUUGGUGUUAUUCAAGACUACAAACGACUUGUCAGGACUUUCAAGCUCAUGCGAAGAGCUGGAUAUGUCAACGAAUUUGUAUCAAUUUGUCCUAAUCACAAGCUGAGGUCGGUGAACAUUGCCGCUGAUGGUGGUCGUGUGUGCAGGCCAUAUAUAAUAGUCGAAAAUGGUCGACCAAGAGUAGAAGAGAGACAUAUCAAAGAACUGAAUCAAGGCUUUAGGAGUUUCGAUGAUUUCCUGCACGAAGGUCUUGUCGAGUAUCUAGACGUCAAUGAGGAAAACGACAGUGAAGUUGCUUUAGACGAGAAACACGUCACAAAGCAGACAACCCACCUUGAGAUAGAGCCGUUUACGUUAUUAGGCGUCUGUGCUGGAUUGAUACCCUAUCCACACCAUAACCAAUCACCCAGGAACACGUACCAGUGUGCUAUGGGUAAACAAGCUAUGGGUUCCAUUGGAUACAACCAAAGAAACAGGAUCGAUACAUUACUGUAUUUCUUAGCUUACCCUCAAGUCCCUCUCGUUAGAACAAAGACCAUUGACUUGAUCCAGUUUGAUAAGAUUCCUGCCGGUCAAAAUGCUACAGUUGCUGUCAUGAGUUAUAGUGGCUACGAUAUCGAGGAUGCUUUAGUAUUGAACAAAGCGUCAGUGGAUAGAGGUUUUGGUAGAUGUCUUGUGUAUAGAAAACAGAAUUGCACACUAAAAAGAUACGCCAAUCAGACGUUUGAUCGAGUAAUGGGUCCCAGUAAAGACGCGCAAACUGGAGAGGUAAUAUGGCGGCAUCGUCCKUUAGACGCUGAUGGCAUAGGUUUACCAGGCGAACGUGUUGAGAAUAAGCAAGUUUUGGUGAAUAAAUCAAUGCCUGUUGUUACAAGUGCUCCGCUACAGUCAGCUACUCCUGGUCAGCCUACACAACCAGAAUAUAAAGACGUACCAAUAAGCUACAAAGGGUCAGAAGAUGUCUACAUCGAAAAAGUGCUGAUAACAGCCAACCCAGAGGAGGCUUUUCUGAUCAAGAUGUUAUUGAGGCAAACACGAAGACCAGAGAUUGGAGAUAAGUUUAGCAGUAGACAUGGACAGAAAGGCGUUCGGUGGAGACAAAGUCGACGAUAUCUGCAAAGAACUGAUAAGUCACGGCUUUAAUUAUGCUGGAAAAGAUUACGUUACUUCCGGUAUUACYGGGGAACCACURAGUGCCUAUAUAUUCUUUGGUCCUGUGUAUUAUCAGAAACUUAAGCACAUGGUACUCGACAAGAUGCAUGCUAGGUCUAAGGGACCACGUGCGGUUCUGACCAGGCAGCCCACCGAGGGAAGAUCGAGAGAUGGWGGUCUUCGUCUUGGUGAAAUGGAAAGAGAUUGUCUCAUAGCUUACGGCGCUAGUAUGCUGCUUCUUGAACGGCUCAUGAUWUCAAGUGAUGCUUUUGAAGUAGAUGUUUGUGGAGAAUGCGGUCUCCUAGGAUAUUCCGGAUGGUGUCAUUUCUGUAAAUCCUCACACAACAUAGCGACAUUAAAGAUACCUUAUGCCUGCAAACUACUAUUCCAAGAACUCCAAUCAAUGAACAUAAUACCAAGACUAUCAUUAAAGCACUACACUGAUGACUGAACACUUUAUACAUCGAAACUAAACAUACAAAGAAUACGAGUGAUAAUG